GGAGGAUUCCUUCAGUGUCAAAAAUGGCCGCCGCGCAGGAGUCGCUUGACGCCGUGUAAAAGAGGGCGGGUUAGUGGGAAAUGAAGUACGACUGCGCAAGUUUGAUAAGGAAGAGGGCGAAUCUGGGCCGAAGGUACAGGUACAGUCGGAGGGUAGAAGAAGUGAUGUUACCCACUAAUGCCUUCAAGUUAAGGCAGUGACUGAACCAAUGUGCCACUGCUGCAAGAGUUCAUCCCUGCUUGUGUCAUCUCUGCAAGGGGUAAUGAUGGUUCGGCUCCAUCCGAGAACUAGUAGGUGCUGGAGGGAGAGACCCUACUGGAACUGGAGGUGAUGUGGGCAGCCCAAGGACUCUGAGUGAGCCACCAUGGGUUUCAGGCUGUUGGCUUGCCUCUUCAACCUGCCUGUUGCGGUGGUCUACGGGUCUCUGUCCCUCUUCAUUUCCAUUUUGCACAACGUCUUCCUCCUCUAUUACGUGGACACCUUUGUUUCUGUAUAUAAGAUUGAUAAACUCUCUUUCUGGAUUGGAGAGACUGUGUUUCUGAUUUGGAACAGCCUCAACGAUCCUCUCUUUGGCUGGCUGAGUGAUCGGGCUUUCCUUAGCACGCAACAGUCUGGAGUGGCAAUUUCCACUCCGGAAGUGGUUUUGAAGAGACUCAAGGCCCUGAGCCGCAAUGGCCCCCUCUUUGCUAUGUCGUUCCUGGCUUUCUGGAUUGCCUGGGCCAACCCAGGCCUGCAGUUUCUCAUCUGCCUCUGCCUGUACGACAGCUUCCUCACCAUGGUGGAUCUCAACCAGAACGCUUUGCUCGCUGACCUCGCUGUGUCCGCAAAGGACAGGACCGGCCUCAAUUUCUACUCGUCACUCUUCAGUGCCAUUGGCUCUCUCUCUGUCUUCAUGUCCUAUGCUGUGUGGAACAAGGAGGACUUCUUCUCCUUCCGGAUAUUUUGCGUGGUGCUGGCUUUCGGCUCGGCAGUUGGUUUUACCCUGGCCACAUGGCUCCUGAGGCAGAGGUUUCAGACUGAGGGACGCGUGAAGUGGGAUGAAAACGCAGCUUUGAAAGAACUGUAUAUCGACCAUCCAUCUGUGCAACAAGAGAAGAGAAUCACUCUGGCUGAGUACCUGAAGCAGCUCUCCCGACACCGCAACUUUCUCUGGUUUGUCUCUAUGAACCUGAUCCAGCACCUGCUGUCUGAUCGUAUCUCACUCUCCAUGGGAUCCUUUCUGCUUGGAGUUUCCUACGUGGCUCCUCAUCUCAACAACCUCUACUUCCUGUCUCUCUGCCAGAGGUGGGGGGUAUAUGCAGUGGUGCGAGGGCUCUUCUUCCUGAAGCUGUUUCUCGGUGUGAUUAUGCUCCUUGCUGGACCAGAUUGGAUCUACCUGCUCUGCUUCUUCAUAGCCAGCAACCGCGUGUUCACGGAAGGAACCUGUAAGCUGCUGAACUUGGUGGUCACCGACCUGGUAGAUGAAGACUUGGUGCUGAAUCGAAGGCAGCAGGCUGCCUCAGCCCUCUUGUUUGGCAUGGUUGCCUUGGUAACCAAACCAGGCCAGACCUUUGCUCCCUUGAUUGGCACCUGGCUCCUGUGUGCUUAUACAGGUUACGACAUUUUCCAGCGGGAUGCCUUGAGCAACAUAGUGAGUGCCCAGCCCAAGUUGGCUUCCAACACAGCCUGGGAACCGACGCUGCGCCAGGGCUGCUUCUACCUCCUUGUUUUUGUCCCCAUCACAUGUGCAUUGCUGCAGCUUCUCAGCUGGUCACAAUUCAGCCUGCAUGGGAAGCGCCUCCAGAGAGUGAAAGCUCAGCGUCAGACUUUCACGGAAAGUCAGUCCCAAGAAAUCAAGACCAUUUAAUUUUCCUGUGGAUCAGCAGAAAAUGUCACUGGUCGUUAUGGACUUUUGCAGAAUCAACUCAACAAGGCAUGGGUAGAAGAAAAAGGGCAACUGAUACUCUUCUUGGUUAAAAUUGGUGAGUGGAAGCUUUUGAGUUGGUGCUGCUGUUACUUGGUUUUUGGCGUCACUUAAAAAUGCACCUCCUUACCCAAACCUUUGGGGGAAAUGGAUUCAGUAAGGCCAACUGUAAUUGAUGAAGGUUACAAGCAGUAUUGAUACAGUUUGGUUACUAGUUACUAAUGGUUCUAAUGUUUUUGUUUUGUUGUCCAAUGUAUACAGAAUGUUCCAAACUGCCCUGGGAUCUUAAUUGAUAGAGAGCAGUUUGGAAAUUGAAUAAAUAAUAUACCUCUGGAGUCCCCCCCCAAGGCAGGACUGUGUAGGAUCCACCUUGAAGAGGGCAUGAGAGUGUUAAAAGCUUGCAUCUGCUAUCUUCAGCCAGAGUUGGUCCAGAAAAAGUCAACACCUUGCCUUAAAAAAAAUAAUCUUAAUAUUGACUUGCUGAUCAUGUUUAUUUUUAUUCAUUCCAGAGGAAGUCACUGGGAAGAUAAGUAGUCAGGUAAAGAUGCUGUAUAUUAAUAACAAGUUGAUGGGGAAACAUUGAGUAAACUAGGAGUAUCCUGGUACUUGUAUCCUAACCUCUUGGGAACUGCAUACACAGAGCCUUGGCUCUUAUUUGGGUGCUAGGAAGUAGGGUUGAUAUUUUCAUCCUUCCCCUCUGCACUGGAUUUGAUUGUUUGGCAUACCUCGCUCCCUGCACCCAUCCUAUCAGGGCGUACUUUAACUGUGAAAACCAGAAUCUCUCCAAAAUGUGAUUUGAUUCCUUCCAGAAGACAUCCAGGUACUUGACUUAUAGUACAUGCUCUCUGUGGGGAAUCAGCACUCUUACUUCUCAGAAUUUACCCUUUUCAAGAGAACAAGUGCGCCCCGUUCUUACACCAUGGCAGCCAUGGCAGGAUUUGUGCUGAAAGUGGGGGGUCUGUGAGGUGGAUGCAGAGCUGUGUCACCAGAAGCUUGGAGGUAUACCUGGCCACCAAGUUUUGACGCCACAACGGGCUUAACCUUGGAUGAAGCUGUUCCAGAAUGAAUUUCUAAAAUUUCCCCAAGUCCUGACAACCCUGGUCAGCAUGGCCCAUGGUUAGGGAUGAUGGGAGCUGUGGUCAAGCAUCAUCUGGGGGGGGGGCACAAUUCCCCCAUCCCUUUGCUAGGAUGAAAGACCAGCCUCCUUUGUCAGGAGACACUCAUUCUAGUUUUUCUGUGGGACCAAGUAUUUUUUUAAGAUUGUAGCUAUUAUACUGUACUUACCAGCACAGGAAUCUCCAAGGGCAACUUGAUAAUCCUGCCUUUGGGACUUACACUUGAGGUACUAGUCGUCAUCCUCCCUUUCCUCCUCAUGAGCAAAGCAAUUUGGACUUACGCUAGUCCCUACAGAAUUGACUUAAGUGGACAAGACCUUGGAGAGUGGUACUAUGCACAAGGCUGAGGGGGGGAAAUGAUGCCUUUUCUGAAGAAAUGCCCUGCCCUGGAGGAGAGUUGACAGUUGCAAAACCAAGCUUGGCUGCAGAGUGUCAGUCACAGGAAGUUGCCCGUCACCUAAUGACAAAAAGAUUUACUAGACUGUAGAUUACAGCCGAGAGAGGUAGGAGAGACUUCCUGAGUUAUUCCCUCAGGCUCCUCCUAGAGGUAGCAAUUACCUCACUCCUCAUAUUGUCUCUGCAACUUAGGAAGGGCAAGCAGAAUUUCUUCAGGACUGUCCUGCUCUUCCCACAACUCCUUUUUUUCUGAUGACUAGCUAGGGGAAUGCCAGGUUUCCCUGAAGUUACUCCGGAGCCGAAUCUUCUUGGGUCUCUGAGGGAUUGAGAAUCACAUCCUGCCUUCAUCAAGCAGUGAAGGAGGAAGGCAGCUGGCUACGUGAAUCAGGGUUAGAGGCCUGGGACACCCCCUCCCCCGGAGUUCAACAGCUACCUUCACUGGAAUAUCCCUCUGCUCUUGGUCUGAGACCGCCCUUGGUUUUGGCCGCCGUUGUAGAAAACGGAAUAAUCCAGAUCUCCUUGGGACCAAGUUGCAUCCUUCUCUUUGUGUGCCGAAGCAGGUGGCACUUGGAGGGGGUGGGGAAGCGUUCUCAAGUUUCUACAGGCGGUAGCCCAGCCAGCCACUGUAAUUGCCGUUUCCCCUCUCAAUUUGUGAGAGCAAUGAUGAUGAGAAAAUGUUUACAGUAUCACUUUUGUAUCACUCGAUGGCUGCAUUGUAAUUUAUUCCUCUAAUUUAACAAGCCAAGUGCGUCAAAACUUGUUUCAUUAAAAUGUCUUUCUUUUUAAAGCUGUUUUUGUAGGGUGGUGUUUUGGGAAUGUACACGGUAAUCAAGAUGGAGGGCUCUUUUGAAGAGCUGGUGUGACAAGAUUUUAUCCUCUUGCCAAGCCAGAAAUUCUUAUGCCUUCAACUAUAACACUGAGCACAGCUUGUAGGAUGUCCUUACCAGCUUGUAGAGUGUCCUUGUUCCUGCAAGCACCUGCUUUUUAUUUAUUUUAGUGUUUCUAUCCCACCUCCAAGAAUGCCUCGUUUGGUUGGAGAGCCAUUUUCACGGCUGGAAUGCACCUUGCUAUACAAAAGAGGAUCACAUCCAUUGCUCUGGCAUGUGGCCUCUUGAAACCUGACCCUGAGAUAACACAACCUUUGAGCUGAAAAGAUUCUCCAUCCCAGGCAGAUGGUGACCAAGUGUGCAGAGAAGAUGGGAUGUCACAGACAGGUCUGUUCUCUGCACAAGUACAAAAUCCGUGCUAGAAUGGAGAAUUACAAGAGGAAAACUUUGUUGGCUUAUUCCUUGCAUUUGCUGUUUGAAUUAGAACUCUUAAGCCAAACUGCUGUUUCGAGUCCUGGAGCUCUACUACUAAUUUAUUCUAUAUUAAGCCCAUAAAUGAAGGUUCUAGUAUAAAGGAGAAGUAAUUAGCUUAAGAAUUAGGGAACGUCUGUUCUGAACAAAUAGGUAAGCUAAAUGUUGGCACCUAUUGUAAGCAGCAUCUUCACAACCUUUAUCUUGAGUAAGCUGCCAUAGCUGUAAGGAGAAUGGCACUUGCUCAUAUUCCAGAUC